GAAGAGAGGCAGUUAGUUGGCUGGGGGCGAACAGCACACCAACAACUCUAUAAAAAGGUGGUGUUACGGUCAUUGUUGAUAGACAAGUACAAGCUAUUCUUUCAUUUGCUCACUGUCUGGUUGCUGUAUCCACUUUCUCUCUCCACGUAGAGUUUGUAUUGUAUGGCCUCCAAUUUGCAGAGUCGGAGAUUCGUGAGCUUGGGGAAGCGAUUCGUCAAUCAGAUCUGCACUGGAAGUGCUCGCGAUUCAACUCAGUCUUCUUCACUCACUCUGAGGAGGGCUGUGCAUGUCUCGGUGUAUGACAAGAACCCGGAUGAUCAGAUCCAUUCAACAGUGGUCCCAGAUGAAGUAAUCGAGCCCCAAUCUGACAAGUAUUGGGCUCCACACCCCAAAACUGGUGUGUUUGGACCGGCGACUGACGGUGGAGAGCGUGCCUUCCACACCUCGCACGUGGUUGCCAGUGAGGGUUCUGUGUUGGAGCAGAAGGCCUUCUUCCGCUCCCUGGAGGAUUUGGAAAAGCCUCCCCAUCCUUGACGAGAAAGUCACUGGCUGGCUGUCCUCAUCUAAAUAUAUAGCUUAAAUAGAGGACAGUUAAGAAACUACUCUAUAAUAAGUUUGGUUUUGUGGAUUGGAUUGCCCUAGUAGUCUACUAUAAAUAUAUCAAGUACGGUAGAAUAAUAGCCUUCUUAUGUCCAUAGUAUGGGGUUGUAACUAACUAGGAAGGCAAUGAUGAAGGACACACAUGCAACUCUCAUGCUAUCUGGUUAUGUACAUAAGGCCAUAUGCUAUGAUACUAUGGUGUUUGCUAUGGAAAUUACUUUGUUACUUUUUGUGAUUCACCCCCUCUGCUUCGUUAUACCCAGUAAUGAUUUGCUUGCUUU